CAGGUGAGCAGAAACCCCGACACAAAAGUAAACACCGCGCACGGUGUCAGACAUGGUGGACGUUUUUGCCGGAAGGACCCUUCUGAAUAAAGACGGUGAUUUUGUAGAUCCCGAGGAGGCGCUGCGGAAUAAAGUGGUGGGGAUAUAUUUCUCUGCGGGCUGGUGUCCGCCCUGUAGAGACUUCACUCCUAUUCUGUGUGACUUUUACACGGAACUGACUGAAGAACAUGACCCUCCUGCUCAGUUUGAAAUUGUUUUUAUCUCUUCUGAUAAGUCCACGGAGGACAUGGUAGAGUAUUACCAUGAUAUGCACGGGGAUUGGCUGGCUUUGCCUUGGACAGAUAACUACAAACAUGAAUUAAAGGAGCGUUACAAGAUAACUGCAGUGCCCAAACUUGUGAUUGUGAAAGAGAACGGUGAUGUGAUCACAGACAAGGGCAGAAAGCAAAUCAGAGACAGAGGCCUGGCUUGUUUCCGGUCCUGGUUGGAUGCUGCAGAAAUCUUUGAAAACUUUAAGGGCUAACCUAUGUGAUUGAGCAACCUGUGCAGCCAUGACAAACCCAUUAAAUAGUUACAUUUUCAGUUCUAUGCAAUAAAGAUUCAGGCACAUUUGCUGUACAUAUAACAAAUUAUAUAGAAAAAAAGAUUGGGCUGACAUAGGUAAACAAAAUGUAGAAUGACAAUAAGAUUAAGCCUUCUGCAGAAUGUAGAUGGCUUUUUAUAAUAUGUUUUUUAAUCACUUUUCUAAGUAUUGUUGGGAAAAUAUAGCUACUAAAGCUA